AUGGCCCAAUCGUCGCCCGGGUUUCCUGCCCGGCACCGCCGCAUCUACCCGCUCUCACCGCGCGACCUCACGGCGGAACAAAUCGCCGUAACCUUUGCGAUGACCUCGCGCCGGCCCGAACCGUUCGAUGAAAUUGCGCAGCAGGUCAGCGCGGAACGGGCUGCCGAUUUCAACGAACGCUGGGUGGUCGGUUACGGCCACGCCUCCGUCGCCGAACACGCCAUCAUCCAUCUGGCCGUGGAAAAUAUAUCGCGGCUGGCCUGCGACGCCCUGGAAGACAACCGGCUGGCGUCAUUCACCGAAAAAUCAUCCCGUUACCAGGUGAUCGACGCCGACAGUUUCUGGGUGCCUGCGGAACUAACUGCCCGGCCAGCAUUGCAGAGCCAGUACAUCUCGGCUUGCCGCGCCCUGUUCGACACCUACGCCUCGUUGCUGGAAGGAGUCGACACCCAUCUGCGGAGCCAAUUGCCGCAGCGGGAGAACGAGCGGGACGGCGGCUAUUCCCUGCGCCGGCGGCGGCUCACUACCGACGCCUGCCGCGCCAUUCUCCCCGCCGCCACCCUGACCAACGUCGGCCUUACCGCCAACGCCCGCACCCUGGAACACGCCAUCACCAAGCUGAUGUCCUCCAACCUGGCCGAAGGGCGCGACAUCGGCAUCGAACUGCGCGAUCAGGGCCGGGAAAUCGCACCCACCCUGGUCAAAUACGCCGACCACAAUCCCUACAUCGCGGCUCGCGAUGCAGCGCGCGACGGGCCGCCACCCGCCCAUUUCGCAACCCGGGAUUCUCAACCCGGGGCAUCGGUGCGGUUACUGGAUUACGACCGCGAUGCCGCCUGCAAACUGGCGGCGGCUCUGUCGUUCCGCUAUGGCGGCGACUACGGCGACGCCCUGGCCGGCGCUGCUGCCAUGUCCGAGCCCGAACGGUUGGGCGUAAUAGGGGCGGCGGUUAGCAACAUCGCCCCCCACGACUCCGCGCCCCGUGAAUUUGAACUGGCGGGUUACACCUUCGAGUUCACAUUCGACUACGGAGCCCUACGGGAGUUUCGCCGCCACCGGAUGCAAACCUAUUUGUCCCAGCCGCUGACGGUGACCAACGGGUACGACCUGCCGCCACUGGUUCAUGAGGCCGGCCUGGCUGGCGUGUUCGCCGAUGCCGUUGCGGUCGCCGAGCGGGCUUUCCAGAGUGUCGGGGAAGCAUUUCCCACCGUUGCCCAAUACCUGGUAACUCACGCGCACCGACAACGCGUGGUGUCCCGCAUGAGUCUCCGCGAGUGCUACCACCUGUUCAACCUGCGCUCGUCCCGUCAGGCCCACGAAUCAAUUCGCCAGCCGGUCGUUGAGGCGAUGCGUCAGGCCGUCGCGGUGCAACCCGAACUGUUCCGCCACCUGCGGCUAAGGGAUGCGCCGGACUGGUGGCCUUUCCCGCGAGAAUCGGCGGGCCAAUAG